GGGGGCGCCAGCGAGGCGGAGCGUGCGGAGGUUGGAGGCGCCCGGGCCCGCCUCCUUCUUAGUAGUCCGAAGGGGCCUGCGCACACUUUGAUUUCCACUCUAGAGUCGGAUCACCAUGGCGACUGGACAGAAGUUGAUGAGAGUUAUUAGAGUUUUUGAAUUUGGUGGGCCAGAAGUGCUGAAACUCCGGUCGGAUGUUGCAGUGCCAGUUCCAAAAGAACAUCAGGUUCUAAUCAAAGUCCACGCAUGUGGUGUAAAUCCAGUGGAGACAUAUAUUCGCUCUGGCACUCACAUUAUAAAACCAGUCUUACCUUAUACUCCAGGCUCAGAUGUGGCUGGGGUCAUAGAAGCUGUCGGAGAUAAUGUGUCUGCUUUCAAGAAAGGGGACCGAGUUUUCACCACUGCCACGGUCUCUGGGGGCUAUGCGGAGUAUGCCCUUGCAGCUGAUCACACUGUUUACACACUGCCUGAAAAACUGGACUUCAAACAGGGAGCUGCCAUCGGGAUCCCCUAUUUUACUGCUUAUCGAGCUCUGUUGCACAGUGCCCGAGUGAAGGCUGGAGAAAAUGUUCUGGUUCAUGGGGCUAGUGGAGGAGUUGGAUUAGCAGCAUGCCAGAUUGCUAGAGCUCAUGGCUUAAAGGUUUUGGGCACAGCCAGUACUGAGGAGGGACAGAAGAUUGUUUUGCAGAAUGGAGCCCAUGAAGUGUUUAAUCACAAAGAAGUGAAUUACAUUGAUAAAAUUAAGAAAUCUGUUGGUGAGAAAGGAGUCAAUGUGAUUAUUGAAAUGUUAGCUAAUGUGAAUCUUAGUAAUGAUUUGAAACUUCUGUCACGUGGAGGACGAGUAAUAAUUGUUGGAAGCAGAGGUCCUAUUGAAAUAACCCCACGGGACCUCAUGCCAAAAGAGUCUAGUAUAAUUGGAGUCAGUCUGUAUUCCUCAACUAAGGAGGAAUUUCAGCAAUUUGCAGCAGCUCUGCAAGCCGGAAUGGAAAUUGGAUGGUUGAAACCUGUAAUAGGUUCUCAGUAUCCACUGGACAAAGCAGCACAGGCUCAUGAAAAUAUCAUUCAUAAUACUGGGACUACUGGAAAAAUGAUUCUUCUCUUGUGAUGAUUUAUUCUUCCAUGAAUUUCCUGUGUAGUUAGUGGCUUUCUUUCCCCUAGUUUUAUUCACACUAUCUUUUCUUUCGUUAACAUUCACUUUAUUCAGUGCAUUUCUUAUAUGAGAAAGUGAGUUUCUUGAACAAGAUAUUUCUUUAUUGAGCAGUGCACAAUAUUUUGCAAUGCCUUCUAUCCUGAAUCGAGGAAUCAUCAUUGUAGGAGAUAGCAUGUUAGUGGUCAUUUGGCAUUGGAGUGUUCUCUAGAAAUUUUUAACUGAUACUUGAUUAAUUCCAAAUUUUUGACUAAAACAUACUAAUUCAAGGUAAGACUGCUUGAUUUCCCAGAAUAAGUAGAUGUGAUUUCAGGCCUACUUAUCUUUAUAAAGGUUCUUUAGUUGCUGAUUAGCCCAUAAUCGGCUCUGAUGAUUUUCUGGACUGAAAAAAAAAAUUCUUUUUUUUAAAAUAUUCUUAUCUGGAUCUCUGAGUCUCAUACAAGGAUAGGGAUAUACAAUGUCUGGACAAGUUGGUUGGUUUUUCAACUACUACCCCAAAUAUUGGAAUAUUCACUAUAUUGUUGGUUGGUUGCCACUCACCUGUUCUUAGAGGAUAGCAUACUCAUGCAGUACUAGAUACAGUCCCCAAAGAGACUCUUAUUGUUUGAUUACAUUUUCAGAGUAGAUUUAGAGUUAUCUUUGUAUGAUGGGAAUCAUAUGUUUUUAUUUAAUUAAUAAUUUUACAAUUUUGACCCAUUAAGAAUGAUCUCUUGUGUUUAUAACAUGGUAAUUUCCAAUAAAUUCAAUAGAAAAUUAAAACUUGUGUUCAUCUGUGUAUAGAACUUAUAUCACUUCUGCAUAUCUCCUUAUCAUUACUUCCUAGUAUUUUUCUGUGCUAAGAAUCUAAACCAAAUAAAUGAAUGAUCUCUUAGAAAUUUUGCCAUCAAUAUUAUAUCCAACAAUUUAAGAUUGGGUUGUUAUUUUGUUUUGUUUUGUUUUCCUUUAUAUAACACAUCCUCCUGUUUCAUUAAAUUCUAGGGUUGAUCGUCCUGACCUGCCUUAUUCUGUUGAAAGACAAAUUCUGCUUUUAAUGUGGAAUCCUGCUUCAGUAGUGAGCAGAAAGUACUGCUAAUUUCUAUCAUAGAAAUUAGUCUUUUUGCUAUUAUCAUUUUCCAAGUUGAUUUGCUAUUUUUUAACAGGUUAACUGUCCCAUAAAAUGACAUUUUUGAAAAGUAUUAAAAAAAAAUGUAUUGAGGUAGGCUUUGUGGUAUGGUGGUUAAAGCAGCCACUUUAGGAAGCCUGCAUUCCCUAUUAGAGUACCUGGGAUCAAGUCCUACUUCUGCCACCAUUCUAGCCUCCCACUAAUUACUCUGGGAGGCAACACAUUGUGGUCCAAGUUCUUCAGUUCCUGCCACCCUUGUGGGAGCCUUGGAUGGAGUUCCUAGCUCCUGGAUUCAGCUGGGCAUAGCCCCAACUGUUGGUUCUCAUAGCCUCAUUCUAUGGCUAGCAUUUAUGUGCAUCUUAAAUUGGAGGAUCACUUCCCAUCAAAAAAGAUAAAGGAAUAAUUAUUCUGUAAGUCAGUAACAUCUGUUUGCAUCUUUGCCUUCUAUGGCGUUUUAGCACUCUGUAACCCAUUGUUGCAAUUCAGUUUUCAAAGGUAAAACUAUCCCAGUUUUAUGCAUGAACUACCAUAUUUGUAAUUAUGUAAUAUUGGGCAUGCUUCAUGCAGAAAUAUCCUUGUAAGUCUAAUUCUAAUUUUUGCCCUAACUUUCACCCACAUUUACUACUUGAUAGGCGUCAGUAGCCGUAGGGCUACUACACAGUCGCUUGUGUCUGCCUGUGACCUAAAAUGAAGAAUAACCUGUAAAUAAACAAGCAUUAUUUUA